AUGUGGACGACACCUUCAUCAUCUGGGAGCACGGGCAAGACAACCUUCAACUCUUCUUGGACCACCUCAACGGGCUUCACAGCAGCAUCCAAUUCACCACGGAACAGGAGAGGAAUGGCAGCAUUUCGUUUCUUGACGUUGAGGUGUCCAGAAGGGAGGAUGGAAGUCUUGCCUGGAGGGUUUAUCACAAGCUCACCCACACCGACCGAUACAUUCCACCACUCCAAAAUCAAGUCAUCGGUCAACAGAACCCUCAUCCGCCGAGCCUACAACAUCUGCGACCAAGAGCACCUACACAAGCAACUCCACCACAUCUCCACGGCACUCCAACGCAACGGAUACCAGCCCAAGCAGAUCAAGACUCAAGACGCAAGAUCAAGUCCCCCUCCCGGCCGACAUACCCCCCACUACAUCCAGCAUAUCCUGAGCGAGCACAACAUCAAGGUGUUCCACACAGCUCCCCUCAAGAUCCACGGGAUGCUGACUUCCCAUAAGGACAGGCAAGAUCCACACUGCCGACCAGGUAUAUACAAGAUCCCCUGCCAGUGUGGCAAAGUGUACAUUGGAGAGACUGGUAGGGACCUUCCUACCAGGAUCAAAGAACACAAAGCCCAUGGCAGGAAGGGGGACUAUGAGAAGUCAGCCAUCAUCAAGCAUUUCCACGCCGAAGACCACACCAUCAACUGGGAAGAAGCCCACCUCAUCGCUAGCAUCGAACAGUGGUACCCAAGACACAUUAGAGAAGCUUUGGAAAUCUCCAAACACCCCACCGUGCCUCAAGAUAUCGGCUUCUCCAUCAGCGACAUCUGGCAGCCCUGCUCACCUCCCGGUCUGAUGGGUCCUCUAUACCCUAGGCCCCCGCCCAUGGGUCUCCUAUACCCAGGCAACCUUCCCCUGCCACAGCCCAUCACCAACUGA